UUUAAUUCUUAAUAAUCCGUAUUCUCUUUCCUAGUGACAUGAAAGCUAAGGUAUAUCUUGCCUUGCAAUCUUUGGAAAAAGAUCUCUAUUCAAUGUCCCUUCUGUACAGAACACAGGAUGCAAACAGAGUUACUGAAGUACUUCAUGGAAAAGCAGGACACCUUGUGCAAAGAACUGGAGGAACCCCUAUGAACAUUGAAUAUUAUCUAUCUCCAUAUCAAGUUCUGGAAGAAGAGCUGAAUCCUGGCUCCCAAGUAUGUGGAACAAAAGUAUUUGUAACGGUUGGAAGUUCAAACACAACACACAAACUUCCCAUUUCUCCAUUAAUUGUGGAUUCUCAGGCAGGAGAUGGUCUCUUCCAGAUUGCCCGAAGCACAGUUAUUUCAUAAAUAAGGGCACAGAGAAAUCAGGUAUAACAGGAGCCCUCGUCAGUAAAAUUCCAUUUACCCAUCCAAAGUGUGUACCUGCUAUAAUUGAGAUUCUUCGGCAUCAAGUGGCAUAUAACACUCUUAUUGGCAGCUGUCUCUCUGAGAACACUAUAAAUGAAGAUUGCUCAGAGCUGCUUUAUUUUGAAGUGUCUCCACAAAAGGGCACUAGCUUUUCCAUCUCAUUCCAGCAUCCUAUGGGGGAGAGUUUAGCCUGUGUGGUAGCUGAUGUCUUGAGCGCCAGACAAAUCAGAUGCAGUCUUCAUACAAAUCCUCAAGAUGUAACUCUAAAUUGCUGCAAUGACUUUAUCACAAGAGUCAUGGAGCGUUGUAUGUCUGUCCCUCUUGUCAUGAGAGCUAUUUUCAAGAAUGCUGUCACAAUGAAAGUUGAUGGUGAAAUACAAAAUAUGGAAGUUAUCUCUGAGCAAAAUCCUGAAGUGACCUGCAAGCAAACUACGUCUUCUAACAGUACCGGAGCAAAUAUUUCUGGAGCCAGCAUGCAAAAUUCAUGUGAUGGCAUGGAGACAAGCAGCUCCACGGCCAGUAUUGAGUGUGCGAUUUGUGAUAUAUCAGUAUAACUAAAGCAAAUACUCAUCUGAUGUUUACUGUGGUUCCAUGUCACUUUUUUUGUAGUGUGAUCAAUAGACAUUGUUUCAAGAAACAGUAGAGGAGAACUUGGCAAGAUCAAUACUUCUGUCUAGCAGGAUUUCCUCUUAGAAUUAAAUCUUUUCAACCCUGCAUAUUGCUAAAUU